AUGCAGGCUUCUAGCUAUUUCUCAUUCAUGGCAAACUUCAAUCCGUACUUCGCUUCCUCCUCUUCUGCCUCACGCUCUGAAGAAGAUGAAGAGAUUAUUCUCAAUGCUGCAGCCAUGCUUCUUUUUUCACCGGAAGCAGAACGCUCUUCAUCAAUAAAAAUCCAGUUUCAGCAUUUUCCAUUGAUUGAGGAUUGUAUAGGUGCUUUGGACGGCACACAUAUCUCAGCUACAGUUCCGGCACACAAGCAGAUGGCCUACACAAAUAGGCAUGGGAAUCAAAGCCAGAACGUGUUAGCUGUAUGUGACCAUGAUAUGCGGUUCAUUUAUGUCUAUGCCGGAUGGGAAGGCAGCGCACACGAUGCACGGGUGUUAGAACAUGCAAUGAGAAUGCACACCGAUUUUCCAUUUCCCCCCCAAGGCAAGUUCUAUCUCGUUGAUGCAGCUUAUAAGAUGGUGCCGGGUUUUUUAGCACCGUUCAAGGGAGGACGUAACGUAAGAGUUGGACAAGGACGUGGUCGAGGACAAGGACCGAAAGAGCUAUUUAAUACUCGUCACUCCCAACUUCGUAAUGUAAUUGAACGAUCCUUUGGUGUCCUGAAGCAACGAUUUGCCUAUUUAAGGGGUCCGGUUCCAUAUUCAUAUAUGCAAACGCAAAUCAAUGUCGUUAUUGCAUGCUGUGCACUUCACAAUUUUCUUAGGGAAAUUCAGCCUUCGGAUGAUCACUUCAUGAUGUACGAGCAAGAGGACAUGCAAUUCGAAGGCGAGUGUGGAGCUCCUCCGUAUCCACAAAUUCAACCGUUGACGUCCCCCCAAGAAAUAGAAGAAUGGAAGGGAAUGAGAGAUGAAAUGGCUAAUCAAAUGCAUGCCGCAUCACGAAGGCGGAGACAUUAG